UUCCGCCCUUCUCUCUCUCUCAAACGUUCUUACCUUCGAAAAGUACUGUUUGUAAUGAAUUCGCUCGUCCCAUAGGGAUAAAGAUGGGUACUGAGAUGCUACUCUUACGUUGGAAAUGGAAGAAGUGCUGAUUUAUAAUAUUAAUGCCAGUCUUGACUGUAUAUAAGGGAUUGGGUUAACAGGAAAAUUUAUUUGUUUUUAAAGAAAAAACACAAUGGAUUUUGAAAGCCCUGAUGUAGCUAAAGAUUUCCCAGGGUUGUAUGCAUCUGAUAGUGUGAAAAGGAGCCAGUCUCGUGACAGUGAUUAUAGUGAUGAAGAAAAAUCAUCCAAAAAAGAUUUACUUGGUAAAAAGAAAGAUAAAAAAGAAUCUAAGAAGGAUAAAGGCUAUGUAGUUUUUGAAGGAGAGAGUUCAGGUGAUGAAUUUGAUGAAGCCAGGAGCCCUGGUAAAGGCAAAAAGAAUAAGUCCUCUACUUUCAAAUUUCCUGGCAAAGAUAAAAAAGAUAAGCACAACAAAUCUAAAGACUCUAAAGAGAAAAAAGAUGAAAAGGAAAAAGUAUGCAAAAAGGAAAGUAAAGAAGGUAAAAAAGAUUUUAAAGAGCCAGAGAAGAUUAAAAUCAAGAAAAAGAAAGAAAGCAAACUUUUAAGAAUAAAGGAUAAAAAAAAGAAAAGCAUUGAUCAAGAAGUUAAAGAGGACAAGCCAAUAUUUGGAGUUCCACUUGCCGUUGCUGUAGAAAGAAGCAAGAGCCAUGAUGGUAUUGAAUUGCCUGUGAUAGUUCGGGAAUGUAUUGACUAUAUUGAAGAACAUGGAUUAGCUUGUGAAGGCAUUUAUAAAAUCUCUGGAUUGAAAUCCAAAGUUCGAAAAUUAAAAGAUCAGUAUAAUAGAAGGGAGAAAGUAUAUUUGUAUGAACAUGAGCCCCACAUUGUGGCUAGUCUUCUAAAACAAUUUUUACGUGAUCUGCCUGAACCAAUCCUUACUGCUGCUCUUGCAUCAAAGUUUGAAGAAGCUGCUGUUUUAAAGAAUGAGCAGAAGAAAGUAGAAACACUACAGAAGUUGGUCAAUGAGCUUCCUAAUUGCAAUCGUCUCCUUUUGUCAUGGAUAUUUAUUCACAUGAAGCAUGUUAUGGCAUUGGAAAGAAGAAAUAAAAUGAACCUUCAAAAUGUAUCCAUUGUGCUCAGUCCUACCAUGCAAAUUAGCCACAAUGUUUUGCAGUCUUUUUUUACUCAUAUAGAUAUUCUUUUUAAGGGUGUAGAGUUGAAAAAAUAUGUCCCACCUAUUGAACUUGAUAGCACACGAUUAUCUCUGGAGUUGCCAGAUUCACCUUCUGCUAUUGCUGAUGAACUUUCAAGACAAGAAAAUGUACUUAAUACUCUUCAUGCUGAAUUAAAUACUGGUUUGCGUGAUCAGCAAAAGGAAGAAAAGCUAUGGGAAAUUCAACGUGUUGUAACACAACUUAAAAGAAAGCUUAGAUUUUUAAGACAAAUUCAAAAUACUUCUAAUUCAAGAUCUGAAGAAGCUGAAAUGAAAUGUAAAGGAGAUGAAGCAGAUGAAGUUGAAAACUUAAAUACUGUUAUUCAGCCUUUUCCUACUUCUACCAACUCUGUGUCAAAAGAUACUGCUAUAACACAUGAAAAAGUUGAAAGCCUUAGAAUGGAAUGUUCUUCAUCUGUAAAUGAAAGCAGUGAAGAGACUAAGCCCAUUGUGGAGGAGACAGUCAGGAAAAUGGAAAAACUUAACAUUGAAAACAUUCAGCAAGAAAAUGAUUUAAGCGGCGGUGACAUGAUCACUGAAAUCAAAGAAAAUGUUCCUGAUGCAUCUUUGCAUGUUAACGAAAAUGAAACCCUUGAAGAACAAUCUAUUCAAGAAAAUGACGCCUCUAUUCCAAAACAUUCAACAUCUGUCAAACAAGAUGAUGAGGAUGAAAACAUUUAUGCCUUAAUCUUUGAAGAAAAGAUGAUGAAAAUACAAUACGAUGAGUUGAUUCUUUUAGGUGAUGAACUCAAGCGAAAAAUCAAUUCUGAAAAGUUAGAAAUUGAUAGAUUAAAAAUGGAAGUUAAUGAAUACCAGCAACUUUAUAAGUACAAGCGAUAUGCAUUUGAUUCUACUGAAAAUAGCUCAUCUGAUAGUGAUGAUAGCAGUGCUUCUGAUUAUGAUGAUGAAGAGGAAGAUUUAGCUGCAGUUCUCGAAGAUUUAAUAAAGAAAAACAAGCUUUUAGAAGAAAAGAAUAAAGAUAUCAGUAAAGUUAUACAACAUGAGCGAGAAGUUUGUCUUAAUAUAAAAGUUGAAAUGAAAAUGUUGCAAACCGAAGUUAAAUAUAUGAUCGCAUGAAAAUAUUCUCUUGUAUAAGAAUAUACAAACAGAAUUUUUAAAAGGAGUUGUUAAAACUUGUUCCUUGAAGCGUUCCAACAGAAAAAUUUUUGAACCUGUGAAUGUAUUGUACAUAUGAUGUAUAUUUGUAUUAUUCAGAUAUUAUUUUAAUAAAUGGUAUUUAUUCCCCUAUA